AUGUCUUAUCAUUCUUUGCGCACCUCGAUGCAUGACGAUACUCGUGAUGCAUUCGACUACUCCGUAUUAUUCGGACCAACAGCAGACAACAUCGUCUAUCCUCUUCCUUACUCCAGUUCUAAGUCGCUUGAGGAUAUACGGGAGACAUGCCUGUCCGAGAUCAUUCUCCCAGCAGCUUCAGGUUUCGAGAUGGGCGCUGGAGUGGUACUCGGAGGAGCAUCAGAAUUCAAUUUGGUCUCAUCUAACCCCACAUACGCAAUUGGUCAUCGAGGCCAUAUCAUGGCUAACGGUCGUGGGUGGAUUCAGCACCCAGAGCCAGAUCCUUUCCCUCAUAUCGAUCCGUUUAUUCUGGAUCUGAUCGCGACGGGGUCUGGAAUAGAUGACAGCGACGAGACAUCAUGGCGCUACACGCCUCCCGGACAAGAACUCAGUAACACUAAACAAACCAACGGCGCCAGCGAAGACGCCACAGAAUCUGACGGGCAUACGGAGACACCUCUCCUCGCCGAGUCUUCCCCGGAUCUAGCGUACCGGCUCGCAAAGCCACGCUCCCCCGCAAAGGCAAGGAAGACAAAGAAGAUACCACAGCGGCCACGCGCACCUGCGAUCAAGGCAACGCGGCCCCAAGUGGCGUCGAAGGGGCCGCUCCGGUGCGAGAUAUGUCGUCGCAACAAAGACACAAGGUCGGAGUACGCCCACCAAGCGUCCCUGAAUCGGCACAUACGAACAGCGCACCUCGACUCCUCACGAUGGCAAUGUACCUUGUGCGACAAGUCAAUGAUCAGGAGCGACGCACUGGGGCGGCAUCUAAAAAAGCAGCACCACAUGUCCGACGCGAGGGCAAAAGCGGUCGUCGCGCAGAUUGCUGCUAGCAAGUAUCUCACCGGGUGA